CGCAUAACGGGCGCCCGGUGUUUUGAUUCGCCGGGAAUGUGUCAGCCCGGUGUGCUCGGCCUGGGGAAGGCCCCCGUGCACUGUUUUGUCUCUCUACUGUACGGGAGCACGGGGAGUGGGCCGAGUGGGCCCACGACGACAGCUGAUGGGCCCCGGCCCCGGAGUGUGUAAACAACGAUCCAAGUUAUCAACCAGCCGCAAGCACAGUUCCGUUUCGGGUCGCUAAUCCCAAGUCAGUCGGUCCGCCACAUUGACGGCUUGCUUUCCGUGACGUGUUCCAGGUCGCCGAUGCGCACAGGUCCCGGUGCGGCCCGCCCAUGCCGCCGACGGCGAGGGCCUCGUGGCGGCGGGCCCCGUCCACCCACCGCCGCGGCCGCGGGGGACGGGGCGGCGCGCGUGCGGCGCCAACCCCGAGACUGACGACCUCUUCACCGUCGCCUGCAGCACGCCGUGGGCGCGGCCGCGGGGCCGGGGCCGCUGGCCGCGGUGCCCGCGCGCCGCCCAACGCACAGCUGCUCUACUCCACCAUCCUUGACGAGACGCUGUUCUGCAAGUCCGAGGCCGCAACCCCUCCGGCGGAUUGCCGACGACGACCGGGUGCUGCCGCCUGGUGCGCGGCGUGCUGGCGCCACGGUGCGCCGCAUCCCGCGCCCCACCGCUGCCCUUACCAGGACUGCCUCGGCUGCUGGAUGUGUGCCGAAGGUUCGCCGUACCCGCGGCUGCUACGGCAGCACGGCGUCGACCGCCUCUGCGCCGUCCGCUUGCAGCGGCUCGUGGCACCUGCGCCAUCACCAGCGCAACCAACGCCCGCCCCAGUCAACACGGGGCGCAAGAGGUUCCGGAUGAGGCUGGAGCCUCGGCCAGAGGACCAGGACCCGGUUCAGGACGACGUCAACGGCGCCGCGGACACGACCUCGUCGCACGGGGACACCGACUUUACACCAUAUGAGAUUCACGACGACCCGGGUCAGAACCAACACGACACGUCCCCCUGGGACUACACCGAGCAUGAACCUGACAAACAGGACGACGUGCACGAGGAGCGACAGAGCACGCCGCUGGAGCCGCUCACGGUCGAGACGGACCUGGAGCAGGUGUCGAAGCCGGCGGUGGAGGCCGCGCUGUGCGCGCUGGAGUCGCCGCUGCCGCCCAAGCCCAAGGCCGCCCGCGUCCUGGGCCCCGUCAAGGUGCGGCGGCGCAGCGGCGAGCGCGACCCGCCCUACUUGUCGUGGAUGUGCGCCCCGCUGGGGCAGCGCGCCUGGGCCGGGGCGGGCCCGCGGGCGUGGGCGGGGGCCUGGGCCGGGCCCAAGAGCAUCAGCGUCACGCCCCACGGUGUGUACGUCGUCUUCAAGUCCAAGCGCUCCAGCAGCGGCCCGUCGCUGAGGAGGUCGCGCCCGUUCACGGCGGGCAAGCCGUCGCCCAAGUCCAUCCGCGGCAGCCCGAUCAAGGCCGAGCCCAUGUCGCCGCCGAGGGGCGACCGCUCGCCCAGUAAGAGCGUGGUCAAGGUGGAGACCGGCACCCGGAGGAGCGCGCUGCUGCACCGCCGCCGCCUGGAGGUGUUCAGCUUCUCGGCCGACGACGACCUGGAGGAGGACGGCCCGCCCGCGCGCGAGUGCGUGCGGCCGCAGCCGCGCUGCGUGCGCUGCCACGUGCACGGUCAGGGCCUGCUCGUGCGCAGGCACAAGCCGGACCGCUGCCCCAACCGGCGCUGCACCUGCGAGAACUGCUCCGAGUUCAAGUUCGAGAGGCCGUCCCGCGGCAGGGCGCGCCGAGCCAAGGCCGAGCGCAAGGCCGCCGACAAGGCCAGGGCCGGCCAGGUCGCCGCUCAGGAGGCGCGUCCCGGUGGAGCAGAGCUACAGCAGGUCGCCGCCACCACCCAGACGCAGUUUAACCCGCUGCCCACCGGGAUCGACACGAAGGACAUGCUGCCACAGGAGCCCGCCGUCGACAUCGGGGCUGCCGUCGAGGCCAACUUACGUACCGGCGCGGCGCUCACCACCAGCGAGGCCGUCGCCGAGCAGGUGGCGUCCCCGCUGUGCGCUGUCCUGGCCGAGGAGGACGCCGGUGACGUCGGUCUGUUUGGGCCGGCAACAAUGGUGGACGCGGCCGCCGGAGGCAGCCCCCCGUCUGGUGACGACGACGAGGAGGAGGACGGGGAGCCGCUGGAGGACUGCAUGGUGGCCUACAUGUGCACGGAUGACGACGCCCUCGAGGUGGAGGCCUUCGGCUGCGCGUGGUGCGGCCGGGAGUUCCCGACGGAGGAGGAGGCCGAGAGGCACGCGCUGCGCCACGCCGAGGACGACGUGGACGUCGACGAGAUGGAGAUCAAGGAGGAGGUCGAGGAGAAGUACGAGGACGUGGCGGUCUGGGACGCGUGUGCGGGGCUGUCCGUGUUCUCUCCCUCUCCCCCUGGCUCGCCAUCGGCCACCAUUAAAUCGUCUCCUGGCACGCCGCCCUCCUCCACCCCGACGACAGCUGCAACCAGGUCUCCGGCGCUCACCUCGCCAGCAGCCACCAGGACUCCAACGCGCACAUCGCCUGCUUCAACUGGGACCCCAGCGCCCACCUCGCCAGCUGCUAACAGGACUCCAACGCCCACCUCACCAGCUGCAACCAGGACUCCGGCGCCCACCUCACCAUCUGCAACCAGGGAGCCAGCGCCCACGUCGCCGGCUGCAACCAGCGCACCAGUGGCGCGACCCGCAGCGAAAGUUACUCCACCCACCUCUCCGCCCGCGACCAGAUCUCUUCUUCCCGCCUCCGCUAUGUCAGAGGCGCCUCCCUCGGCCGGUCCCACGUCAGCUGCUGCCAAGUCCUCUUCAAAGGCGGUGGUCGCCGUGGCCGCCGUGGGCGUGAGGCCCGCGGCGGGGGCGAGGCCGGUGGUCAGGACGGAGCGGCAGCCGCCCGUCGUCUUCAAGUGCCUCGACUGCCACGACGAGUUCGGGUCGCGGGUCGAGCUGGCGCGCCACCGGCUGGGCCGGCACAGCCACGAGCAGUGGUACCGCUGCGCCACCUGCGACUCGUCCUUCCACACGGAGCGCAUGCGCGCCGUGCACAUGGCCGUCAUGCACCCGGCGCGCGUGUUCGCGUGCGAGGCGUGCCCCGCGCGCCUGCUGUCGCGCCUCGCCGUGCAGCUGCACAUGCUGGACGCGCACGGCGCGGCCCCCGAGGACGGGCUGCACUGCCAGUGCUGCCCGCACCGCCUCUUCUCUGCCCAGCACCUCUUCGACCACGUGCGCGACCUGCACCGCGGCCGCUGCUUCCCCUGCGCCUGCCCCACCUGCGGUGAGUCCCCCCACCGCCCAGUCGGGAGCACCAUUGUUGCCCCGCGCUCUUCGCUGGUUUAGCUGACAAGUACCUCGACAAGUACUUGGAACU